AUGACAUUGAUGAUGAUCCAAGCCAAAGCAUGGGACACAAAUCAUGUAUUUGAUCCUUGUUUAGAUGCAAAGGUUAAGAGAUAUGAUGGUUUUACCUUCGGUCUUGCUUUCUCGACAAAAGAGUCCUUCAUUUUCAAUGAGACUCAGCUUUCACCUUGUGAUCGCCGUCUUCUCCUCGCUGGCAGCACUGCUCAACUUGCCAUGUUCAAGCCUAAGGUGGAUGAGAUUUCUCUCCUCACCCUCAAUGGCACCCAAUUCAAUCCAACUGCAAUUCCAACUUCAAACUGCAAAGGCAGUGGUGGUGCUGUUGACUGCAACCUAGGCAUACAGUUCGCUUUCUCAGGCACCGACAAGAACAAGGAGGUCCUCAAUUCGUGGUAUGAGGUUGCUAAUCUCCGCCAAUACUCUCUCUUUGCCCUGUACUCCAAUCUUCGCGAAACUCUCACCGGACCAUUUGGCAACCUUUUUUAA